UAACUGGAAGUAUCUAGGCGAGAGAAGAACUUGGGACCUGCCUUCACGCAACCGUCAGUACAACCCUACGAAAUAUAUGUCUUCUCUUCUGUAGAACUUGCAGGCAUGUGAAAAGUUUGGCUCAGAAGAGGAGCACCUUGGAACACUUCCAACACGUUGGAACACUUUCAAACUUCAAUAAUGUAGUCACUAUAAGUCUAGCAAAGAGUAGUCACACAGACAAGGACCCAUGCUCGUGGAGCAGCCAACUGCCAUGAUUGACCAGUUCAAAGCUGCCUACUGUUACACCACAUGAUGGUUCCGAUGACCCAUCGAUUGUCAAGCCAAGUCAACGAAGACUCCGAAAACCAAGAGAUGCAUAAGUUUGCCGUCAGAUGUAAGAACUGAGAGCCAAAUCAAACGAACCAUGGCACCUCUCCUCCUCUUGUCCUUGCUCCUGCUGCUGUCCUCUACUUCCCUUCAAGCUCAACAGAACAUAACCUUAGGCUCCUCCUUGACACCUGAAGGGCCUAGCAGCUUUUGGCUCUCGCCGUCUGGCGACUUCGCGUUCGGCUUCCGGCCCAUCGAGGGUAACACCUCCUCCUAUCUGCUUGCUGUCUGGUUCGACAAGACCAGUGAUAAGACGGUGGUUUGGUAUGCCAAGACCAAUGAUCCAGAUCCAGCGCUGGUACAUGUUUCAUCCGGUUCCCAGCUCCUGCUCAACUCAAAUGGGGCGCUCUCGCUCCAGGAUCCCACUGGAACAGAGGUAUGGAAUCCGAGAGUUGUGGGUGCAGUAUACGCUGCCAUGCUCAAUACCGGAAACUUCGUACUGGCUGCUGCAGAUGGCUCUACCAAGUGGGGGACCUUCAAUAACCCAGCAGAUACCAUCCUGCCUACUCAGGUGCUCACUCCAGGAAUGAAGCUCCGCAGCCGAAUCAUCCCCACAGACUACUCCAAUGGCCGGUUCCUCCUUGACCUGCAAAGUAUUGGUGUUUUUCUUUAUACCGUUGCUGUACCCUCCGGUAAGAUGUAUGACUACUACUGGUCCAUGGCUGGGAACACCACAAAGCUGGUGUUCAAUGCGACUGGCAUGGUAUACAUCACCUUGGAUAACGGAACACAGAUCAGUGUGACAUCUGGGGUCACCGGUUCCAUGUUAGACUACUAUCAUCGUGCUACACUUGACCCAGAUGGUGUGUUCAGGCAAUAUCGGUGCCCGAAGAAGUUCAGCAACCUGAGUAGUCAAGCAUGGUCAGUAGUGGACUUCAAGCCCCCAAAUAUCUGUGACGCACAACUGACAAAUGAUGGAAGCGGCAUUUGUGGGUUUAACAGUUACUGCACGUUCAAUGGCAGAAACAACCAGAGUAUUUGCCUGUGCCCAGAGCAGUAUUCGUUUAUUGAUGAGGAGAGGAAGUAUAAAGGCUGCAAACCUGACUUCCAGCCACAAAGUUGUGACUUGGAUGAAGCAGCUGCCAGUAUGCAGUUUAAGUUGAUACCGAUGAACAGUGUGGAUUGGCCUCUAGCUGACUAUGAGGAGUACAGCCCCAUAACUAAGGAUCAGUGCCAGCAACUCUGUCUGACAGAUUGUUUCUGUGCCGUUGCUGUCUUCCAUGACCAAGAUAAUACAUGUUGGAAGAAGAAGAUGCCUUUGUCAAAUGGCAAGAUGGGAGAUAAUGUGGAGAGGACACUUUUCGUCAAGGUACGGAAGAACAACAGUACACAAGCUGAGCUUGUUGGUUCCAACAAAUGGAAGGAAGACAAGAAGAACUGGAUCCUUGGAAGUUCGUUGUUUUUGGGAAGCUCUGUCCUAGUUAACAUUCUGCUGACCUCUGUUAUACUUUUUGGUACUUAUUGUACUAUCACCGUAAAGGAAAUCCCAUCUCUGCAGUCAUCAAACAAUAUAGGAUUGCCCUUGAAAGCCUUCGCUUAUGCUGAGCUUGAGAAGGCAACCAGCGGAUUCCAGGAGGUACUCGGCACUGGUGCCUCUGGUAUUGUGUACAAGGGCCAGUUACAAGAUGAUCUCGGCACUUACAUUGCGGUUAAGAAAAUUGACAAGCUUGAGCAUGAAACAGAGAAAGAGUUCACCGUUGAAGUCCAGACAAUUGGACGGACGCACCACAAGAACUUGGUUAGGUUGCUAGGAUUCUGCAAUGAAGGAAAAGAAAGACUAUUGGUGUAUGAAUUCAUGACCAAUGGAUCACUCAAUCAAUUCCUAUUUGGUGAUGUCAGGCUUGAGUGGAACCUUCGAGCUCAGCUUGCUCUUGGAGUGGCAAGGGGGCUGCUAUACUUACAUGAGGAAUGCAGCACACAGAUUAUCCAUUGUGACAUAAAGCCCCAGAACAUCCUUCUCGAUGGCAACUUCACAGCAAAGAUCUCAGACUUCGGCUUAGCCAAACUUCUCCGAACAAACCAGACACAAACAAAUACAGGUAUCCGGGGCACCCGAGGAUACGUAGCCCCUGAGUGGUUCAAGAGCAUUGGCAUCACUGCCAAGGUGGAUGUUUACAGUUUUGGGGUCAUCCUGUUGGAGCUCAUCUGUUGCCGGCGGAAUGUUGAGUUGGAGGCUGAAGAAGAUCAAAAAAUACUGACUGACUGGGCAAAUGACUGUUAUAGGUGCGGCAGGGUUGAUUUUCUGGUGGAGGGUGAUGAUGAAGCAAUUCUCAAUUUGAUGAAGGUGGAAAGGUUUGUGGCAGUGGCAUUGUGGUGCCUCCAGGAGGACCCAACAAUGAGACCUACAAUGCUCAAAGUGACACAAAUGCUUGACGAAGCAGCUGCAGUCACCGCAGUCCCCACUCCUCCUGAUCCUUCUUCAUUUGUCAGUUCACUUCCAUAGUGUUACUCCAGCAUAUUUUAAGAUUAUUAUAUGUAUGAACCAACAUAAUGGUGUUGGAAAUUAGAUAUGGUUACCUACUGAAGCAAAAGCUAUAUUGUGGAAGUUAUGGCCGCUAAUACCGUCUCUAGCAAUGGGCCACAGAUGUUAUGAAGGCUUCAUCUCUCCAGCAAGAAUAUCAGUUUCCUAAAAUAAAUUGUUUUCCUAGGAUAAAAAUAGUUGUAUGUGGUAUCUCAUCUAUUGGUUAGUUUGGUUACUACUAUGUGAUUCUAUCCAUAAUUUUUAGAAGAGUCUACUUGAAGCAGUGAAGCCUAUUGCAGCUGUUAUCACUUGGCCUCAGAACUUCACCAUGGCUACGGCAGAGCCUAAACAACAGUAAGAUGAGGGUAAGGGUCUUAUCGUCAA